AUGGAGCCACACUGGUCCACAGUGGUUCGCCUCGGCCUGAAAGGGCUUGCUCUUCGGGGAAUGAGUGCUUCCGUUAUUCUGUUUUUUGGAAACAGCCCCCAGUGUGGACAGAACAGAAUACAUUGUACAGAAAUGCCUGUGACUGUUUUGACUGGCACAAGACUAUCACCUAGGCAAACUGGCAACAUCAGGAGAGAAACAACUUUUGGGUUUGUAGUUUAUAAACCAGCAGCUGCAAAAACUGCCCAGGUUCUGCGGUCUGGCCCUUCCCGGCUUGACCUCUCAGUGUCCUGUGGGAGCCAGGUGGGCUGUAACUCUGGCUUCUCCCUCCAGGAGAGCUCCUGGGUGGCCCAGCGAGGCCUGUGGGCCUGCACAGCUGCCUUCCUUGUUGCUGUCCAAGCAGCUGGGCACGUGAGCUGCUCCAGCAGUCUGAAGUCAGAUUGUGGGCGAUGCUUUGACUCUGCAUCUGGCACCUACACUCUCUACUUGAUCAUCGGAGAUGCAACUUUGAAGAACCCAAUCCUGUGGAAUGUGGCUGAUGUGGUCAUCAGGUUCCCUGAAAAUGAUGUUCCAUCAACUGUCCUGUCGAAGAACAUUUUCACCCCCAAACAGGAAAUUCAGCACCUGUUCCGCGAGCCUGAGAAGAGGCCCCCCACAGUGGUGUCCAAUACAUUCACCGCCCUGAUCCUCUCGCCCCUGCUCCUGCUCUUUGCUCUGUGGAUCCGGAUUGGUGCCAAUGUCUCCAACUUCACUUUUGCUCCCAGCACAAUUGUCUUUCACCUGGGACAUGCUGCUAUGCUGGGACUCAUGUAUGUCUACUUGACACAGCUCAACAUGUUCCAGACCCUGAAGUACCUGGCCAUCUUAGGCAGUGUGACGUUUCUGGCUGGCAAUCGGAUGCUGGCCCAGCAGGCAAUCAAGAGAAUAGCGCAUUAGUUCCAGAAAGAGGAAGGAAGUUCUGAAAGCUGAAGUGAAUAUUGGUAAAAGGAGUUAAGGACAGUUCACAAUUUGAAAAGAGGAAUGAAAAACCCUUUAUUUAAAAAGAAGAAAGUCAAAAUUGGGGUUGUACUUUUGCUUGUUUUUCUAUGUCCUCAGCACAGAGCGGAUACCCAGAUACUGUUUCUUUGGCACGGUGCCCUAGCAAGAUGCUGUGAAUAUUCUAACUUACCCACUUGUUGCAUUGAAAAGUUGAAAUCUGUAAUUAAUCUGUUAAUCGAAUAAAGAGAAUAACAGGAA